GUCAGCUGUGUGUCCCAGCCUGAGCAAUGGGAGCAUCACUGCUCCUCUUAGCCCUGACCCUAUUCCCAGCUGCAGCAAGCCUGGAACCUCACUACAUGGUGGUGUUCCCUGCUAUCAUGCAGCAGUCCCAGGAGGAGAAGCUCUACAUUCACUUCAGCUCCCUAACUGAGGAUGUUCACCUGGCUGUCACCUUGCAGACAAAAACCCAGAAUCACACACUGGUGGAGCGGGAUGUGGAGAAGCCAGGCACUUUUCAGAGCAUCACCUUCCAGGUGCCAGACCUCAUGUUAAUUCCUGAGAAAACAGAGUCAGAGGAGGUGGCUUUUCUGCAUGUCCUGAUCCACAGUGGAGACAAUGUGCUCCUUGAGGGUGACAAAAAAGUUCUGGUCAAGCCCCAGAAGAAUAUAAUUCGGAUAGAGACAGACAAGGACUUAUACAAACCUGGAGAAACAGUGAAAUUUCGAAUUGUGAACCUUGAUGAGAACCUUAAUGUCAUUAAAAAUGAGUAUGCCCAGAUAUGGCUGCAGGAUCCUGAAUACAACCGUGUUGCUGAGUGGCUGAAUGUAAAGUCAAAUCACGGCAUUGUGGAUCUAUCCUUCCCCCUGGCGUCUGAAGCAUCCCUUGGGACCUAUACCAUCUCAGUGCAGCAGGACAUGGCUCAAAAAGACUUCAGUGUUGAAGAAUAUGUGCUGAAAAAAUUUGAGAUGAAAAUCGAGCACCCUCCACAUAUCACUACAUCAGAUGAGGAAUUUCAGCUGGUUGCCUGUGGCAAGUAUACUUAUGGGAAGCCUGUUCAAGGGAAAGUAGAAAUUAUUGUUAUGACGUACUCCCAGAACAUGAAAGGCAGUUCUACAAGUUCAGCGAUUCAGAAGCAAAACAGCUGGACAAAUAAGGAUGGCUGCGCUACUUUCACAAUAAAGACAGAAGCUCUGGAAAUAAAUGGAGCUGACAGCUAUGUAAUUGCAGAAGGAAAAAUGGUAGAAAAUGGAACAGGAGCCCAUUCUGUGGAAAUGGCUCAAAUUCCUGUUGCAACGAUAAUGAAAUCUAUAGAAUUUAUCAACCUCCAUCCAUUCUACAAACGAGGGAUACCGUACACAGGGAAGAUGUUCUGUCACAGUGCAGAGUCUCCCCUCAGAAAUGAAACAGUCCAUCUAAUAGUUGAUGUCAAUGAUGAGAAGACACAGCUGUCACUCCUCACAGAUGAGAAGGGGGAAGCUCACUUCACACUGGAUACCACCAGUUGGAACAGCACGAUGGUUUCUCUGAGGGGUACCUACAGCCCUCCAAGUGAUGACAGCUCAUUUUCUGGUGAAAUUGAGGGAGAUGACCUCCACUGGCUGAAACCUUUCUACUCUGAGAGCGGCAGCUUCCUUGAGAUCAAGGCCAAGAAUGACGUGAUGUCCUGUGAUCAAGAGCAGGAAGUGCAGGUGGAUUAUAUCCUUUCCCAGGAUAAACUUGGCUCUGAAGAAGAUCACAUUGAUUUCUACUACUUGGUCAUAGCAAAAGGCAAGAUCCUUUUCAGCAGAGAGAAGAAGGUGCCAAUUACCCAGCAUGAGAAUCUGCAGGGCUCCUUCUCAUUGACUCUGCCUGUUGGCAAUGAGUUCCUGCCUGACAUUAACCUUCUGGUGUAUGCUGUCUUCUCGGAUGGAGAGGUGGUGGCUGAUGUGGAGCAGUUUGAAGUAGAAAUGUGCUUUAGACAUAAGGUGGCACUGGAAUUCUCACAGAAGGAGGCGAUCCCAGGAUCACAAGUCAGACUGAACCUCAAGGCUGCUCCAGGGUCUUUGUGCUCUGUGCGAGCUGUUGACAGGAGUGUCCUCCUGAAGAGGAACGGAACCCUAACAGCAGAGAGCUUGUAUGAGGAAAUCUUCACGGACAGCUUCAUGGUUGGAGGACGAGGCUUGCCUUACCGCCUGGAAGACUUUGAGGCAUACCCUUGCCUGCCCCAGCAGCCCAGACCCCACAAAAAGGCUCAGAUGGGUGCACCAUGGUUCCAAAGUGAGGCUGAUGUCUAUAACCUGUUUAAGAAACUGCGUAUGAAAAUAUUUACCAACACUAGAAUCAAGAAACCUGUUUCCUGUGCGCUUCCAGACUUUCAUAAGAAGAUAUAUCUAAGAAAACACUUUAUGGUUGGCAGCCAAGCUACCCAUGCUGAUUCUAAACCUCACUCUGACGACAAGGAGAAGCCGAAACCACGGAUGCUUUUCCCAGAGACCUGGAUUUGGGAUUUGGUGUCUGUCGGGGGUGAUGGACAAGCAUCUCUCCAAGUUGCUGUACCUGAUACCAUCACAGAAUGGAAUGCCAACACCUUCUGUGUUGCUGAUACUGGCUUUGGUUUCUCACCUCUGACGUCUCUUAGGGUCUUCCAGCCAUUCUUUGUGGAUGUAUCACUGCCAUACUCUGUGAUCCAAGGAGAGACUUUCAGGCUAAAAGCCACUGUCUUCAACUACCUCAAGGACUGUAUCCAGGUCCACACCACCCUCAUGGAGACCCCAGAACUAAAGGUGGAUGCCUGUCCAAGUUGCCAGUUCACCAGCUGCCUCUGUGCCAAUGAAGCAAAAACCUUUGUGUGGAACGUGACGGCAUCGAGGCUGGGCAGAGUGAAUGUCACUGUGAGCAGCGUGGCAGAAGAGUCACACAGUCUGUGUGGUAACAGGAUUGCUGUGACACCUUCGCAGGGAGGGAGAGACACAGUGAUAAAAUCUCUGCUUGUGAAGCCAGGAGGUGUCCUACAGGAGAAGACCCAAAAUGCCUUUCUCUGUCCUGCAGAUAACACCAUCUCUGAAGAGUUCUCCCUGACUCUGCCUGCAGAAGUGCUGGAGGGAUCUGCCCGAGUCACAUUCUCUGUGAUUGGUGACAUCAUGGGUCCAGCACUCCAAAAUUUAGACCAGCUGCUAAGCAUGCCCUUUGGCUGUGGUGAACAGAACAUGGUCCAGUUUGCACCAAACAUCUUCAUUCUCCAGUACCUGAACAAGACUAAACAACUGAACCCAGAAAUUAAGGAUAAAGCACUGAAAUUUCUGACAACAGGUUACCAACGUCAGCUGCUCUACAAACACGACGAUGGCUCCUACAGUGCCUUUGGGAAAGGUGAUGAGCAGGGCAACACAUGGCUGACAGCUUUUGUAGCCAGGUCCUUUGGGCAGGCCAGCUCUCACAUUUACAUCGACAAGGACCACGUGCACAGCGCUCUGCGCUGGCUGCAGAAGCACCAGCUGCCCACUGGCUGCUUCCAGAGUGUGGGGAAGCUCUUCAACAAUGACCUGAAGGGUGGUGUGGAUGAUACAAUCUCAUUAACAGCCUAUAUUGCUGCUGCACUGGUGGAACUCCAUCUGGAGAGGAAUGACACCAUGUUGGAUAAUGCCUUACGUUGCCUCAAGAAGGUAACACUUGAUGAGACAAGCCUUUAUGUCAAGGCUUUGAUGGCUUAUGUCUUCACGCUGAGUAAGGACAUGGAGAUGAGAAAGCAGCUCCUGGAUAUGGUACAGAAGGAAACUGCACAGCUACUGACAUCACAAUCUGCUGAUGAAAAGUCUUCUUCCAUAAUUGAGACAGUAGCCUACAUCAUCCUGGCUCAUGUCUCCAAACCAGAUUUGUCACUCAAUGAAGCCUCGGUGAGCAAGCUUGUGCACUGGCUCAGUGCACAAAGAAAUGCCUUCGGAGGAUUUGCUUCCACACAGGACACAGUUGUCAGCCUGCAGGCCCUUGCUCAAUAUGCAGCCCUGAUUCCUCAGGAGAUCAGAGAUGUCAAGGUGGCAGUGAAAGGAAAGGGGGCUUCUCCACUGGAGUUCCAUGUGCACAGGAACAACAAGUUGGUCCUGCAUCAGGCAUCUCUCCAUGCAGACACAGGGACCUACACAGUGCAAGCGACGGGCAGUGGCUGCGUUUAUGUCCAGACUGCUUUGUACUAUAACAUCCCACCACCAAAAACAGAAGAAGUCUUUCUCCUGGAUGUGGAAACAGUCCCAAGAGAAUGUGAUGGUGUCAGGAAAGAGUUUGGCAUCCACGUGUCUGUCAGCUAUGUAGGGGACCGUGGGACGAGUAACAUGGCCCUGGUGGAGGUGGAGAUGCUGUCAGGGUUCAUUCCUGUUCAGAGCUCUGUGAAAGAGCUGGAGAAGGUAACCCUUGUGAAAAAGACAGAGAUAAAACCAGACAAAAUCACAAUCUACCUGGAAGAGCUGGGUGAGAGUUUUCUGAAGCUUAACAUCUCAGUGGAACAAGAUGUUGAAGUGCAGAAUCUGAAAGCUGCAACAAUGCACAUCUAUGACUACUAUAAGCCAGAUGACCACUUGGCAAGAGAAUAUGCUUUCCCCUGCAGCUCAGAUGCCUCAAAGCAGGUUUCCUCCUAGUAUGCUCUGACUGCAACCUGAGUUUUCUGCCUGCUCCAGCUUUCCUCUUCCCUGCUGUGUUGGAAACACCCUAUUUCCUUUUCCCUACGUUUCUGUGUGAAAACUGGCUUAAUACACAUAAGUUUGGGAGCAGGUGAAAUAAAGUAUGUGGAACCUGGAAAGAAG